UUUCUCCAGGAAAAACAUGCACGUUUGUUAAAAGAUUUAUUGAACAGACAAGAUGAGGAGGAUGCCUCGUCCUAUUUCAAGAAACAAUUGCAUUGUUUAGGUAAGGUAGUGGAAGACCAGUCAACACCAGCUGCAAUUAAAUACACAAGAGAACAUCUAGAAGAAGAUUAUGACAUUCUGAUGUAUGCCUUUAAGGAACUCCAAGAAGCAAAGGCAUAUAUCUAUAUUCAGCUGUCGAUGACCCAGUCAGAUACAGACAAGGCUUUGGCAGAAUCCAAAAAGCAGGGAUAUGACAAGUAUCAGAUAGUUCAACCAGGUGAUGUGAAAGAAAUGUUGCUGACUUCAGAAAAACAGUUCACCAGGCAACAACUAAAGGAUCUCCAAGAAAAACGUGCAUUUUUGCUGAAGAAAUUGUUGAUUGGUAAAUGUGUGGAUGAUGAGGUUUUGACAGACUCCAAGAAUCAAAAUCAUC